UUACGAAUUAAGCCAAUGAUGGGAUAUGAAAUUGACUUGCCUGGCAACGAUAUAGAUGAUAUAGAGGACUUGAUAUCGCCCGAAGAUAUAAAACCGCGUGAGCGUUAUGAAAACAAACAGAACGUUACAGUGCGUGCGAAGAAGCGUGCACAAAUCAAGCCCGCGUUAUGUGAUGGCGACACAGAGGCGACGCCACAGCCGCAGAAAACCAUUUACGAAAGUGUUAUACCAGGCACCCAAAAGGUUUAUGUGAAGACAUGGGGCUGUGCACACAACAACUCGGACUCUGAAUAUAUGGCCGGCCAGCUGGCAGCGUAUGGCUAUAAUUUGAGCAGCAAGGACGAGGCAGAUCUGUGGCUUCUCAACAGUUGCACCGUAAAGAAUCCUUCGGAGGACACUUUUCGCAAUGAGAUCGAAUCUGGCAUGCGCAGCGGCAAGCAUGUAGUUGUUGCUGGAUGCGUGCCGCAAGGCGCCCCAAAGUCCGAUUAUUUGCGUGGACUAUCCGUGAUUGGCGUGCAGCAAAUCGAUCGAGUUGUCGAGGUGGUCGAAGAAACUCUGAAAGGUCACAGUGUGCGCCUCCUCCAGAACAAGAAGGUCCACGGCCGUCGAGUGGCCGGUGCACCAUUGUCGCUACCAAAGGUGCGAAAGAAUCCGCUAAUCGAAAUCAUAUCCAUAAACAGUGGAUGCCUCAAUCAGUGCACCUAUUGCAAAACUAAGCACGCACGUGGCGAUUUGGCUAGCUAUCCGCCGGGUGAAAUAGUUGAGCGUGCACGUCAAUCCUUUGACGAGGGUUGUUGUGAAAUCUGGUUGACUUCUGAGGACACCGGUGCCUACGGCCGGGAUAUUGGCAGCUCAUUACCAGAACUGCUCUGGCAACUUGUCGAGGUCAUACCUGAGCACUGUAUGCUACGUGUUGGUAUGACGAAUCCGCCCUACAUUUUGGAACAUCUCGAGGAGGUAGCCAAGGUGCUACAGCAUCCACGUGUUUACUCAUUCCUUCAUGUGCCCGUCCAAAGCGGCAGUGACUCAGUACUGGGCGAGAUGAAGCGAGAGUAUUGCCGCAAGGACUUUGAGCACGUGGUCGAUUUCUUAAGGUCUCGUGUGCCCGGUCUGACAAUUGCCACUGACAUUAUAUGUGGCUUUCCCACAGAGACGGAGCAGGACUUUGAGGAGACAAUGACAAUGUGCAAGAAAUAUCAAUUUCCCAGUCUGUUUAUCAAUCAGUUCUUUCCCCGACCGGGCACGCCGGCAGCCAAAAUGGAGCGCAUACCAGCUAAUCUGGUAAAGAAACGUACCAAAAGGCUAACCGAUUUAUUCUACAGUUACGAACCGUACGCGGGUCGUGAGGGCCAGUUGUACACGGUGCUGGUAACAGAAAUAUCACAUGAUAAGCUUCACUACGUGGGGCACAAUAAGAGCUACGAGCAAGUGCUGCUACCAAUGCGAGACAACCUGCUGGGCACUCGGGUGCGUGUGCGAAUCACAGGCACAAGCAAGUUCAGCAUGAUGGCCGAGAUUCUGGACGAGGAGAGCGACUGGACACGUUGUGACUAUAGCAAACCAACUCAACUCACGACAUGCCAGCGCAGUCGAGGCCAACACUAUAUAGGCAUCGCUUUAUUAGUAGGCGCCAUAGCAUAUACGUUGCAACUGCUUUAUCGUUUGUUAUCUCAGUGAAAUAAAAUGACAAAAAAUGGA